UCCACCCACCUCAAAAAUUGCAAGAAGGUUUUUUUGGCACAAUAAUACUUAUUAAUUUUAGCGUUUGUUGAGUGAAUAAGAAAAAAAAAAUUACUACGUAUAAAUUUUGUGUGGAAAUGGCUCUAGUUUCUGCAACUACCCCUCUCUUAACCCCUUAUCAAAUGGGCAACUUCCAUCUUUCUCAUAGGGUUGUAUUGGCUCCAUUAACGCGAGUAAGAUCAUAUGGAAAUGUUCCUCAACCACAUGGAAUUUUAUAUUACUCCCAGCGGACUUCAAAUGGAGAGUUGCUCAUUUCUGAAGCAACUGGAGUUUCUCAAACUGCUCAAGGGUACCCAAAAACACCUGGUAUAUGGACAAAAGAGCAAGUUGAAGCAUGGAAACCAAUUGUUGAUGCUGUACAUGCAAAAGGCGGCAUAUUUUUCUGUCAAAUAUGGCAUGCUGGACGAGUUUCUAAUGAAGGUUUACAGCCAAAUAAACAAUCUCCAAUCUCUUGCACUAAUAAACCUUUAACACCAAAAGUUCAGGGACAAUUCUCAACGCCAAGGAAACUAACAACAAAAGAGGUACCUUCAGUAGUGAAUGAUUUCAAACUUGCUGCUCAGAAUGCCAUAGAAGCUGGCUUUGAUGGUGUUGAAAUUGAUGGAGCUAAUGGAUACCUUAUUGACCAAUUUAUGAAAGACCAAGUUAAUGACCGAAAAGACCAUUAUGGUGGAUCUCUAGAGAAUCGUUGUAGAUUUGCUCUAGAGAUAGUUGAAGCAGUUGUGAAGGAGAUUGGUGCAAAUAGAGUUGGGUUUCGUAUUUCUCCUUUUGCUAAUUACAUGGAAUCAGGUGACUCGAAUCCAGAAGCUCUAGGAAUUUACAUGGCAGAAUCUCUCAGCAAGAGUGGAAUCCUCUAUUGCCAUGCAGUCGAACCUAGGAUGAUAACUAUUGGUGAGAAGAAGGAAUCUCCUCAUAGUUUACUACCCAUAAGGAAGGCAUUCAAUGGUACUUUCAUUGUUGUAGGAGGUUAUGACAAGGAAGAUGGUAAUAAGGUCGUGAUGAAGGAUUAUGCUGAUCUUGUAGCUUAUGGUCGCUUGUUUCUGGCAAAUCCAGAUUUGCCGAGAAGAUUUGAGCUUAAUGCACCUUUGAAUAAGUAUAAUAGAGAAACCUUUUACAUCUCUGAUCCUGUUGUUGGCUACACUGAUUAUCCAUUCCUAGAAGAUUCCAUGUAG